GCGGAUCUUUAGAAAGUUUAAAAACUGUGGUCGGUUUUGCUGUUUGUGAAAACGUUGGCUAUUACAGCAGAUGUCGUGUUCACAGAUAGCGGUCGAGUGUUCCAAGGAGCGUUUUAGACUUGUUUAUCCUCAUGUAGACGUGUUCUAUCAGUGGAGAUACAUAUGUCUUAGUCGUGGCAACACAUUCACAUUAUACCGAUCCUUUUUCGCCCUCAUAUUUUUAACACUGCUUAUUCUGGACUAUAUUUGGAUAAUUUUAUUGACUCCAAGAUUUCCAGACUUUCUAUCUUGGUGUUUGGAUGCAUCUCAAUGGGCACUCUUAGCCACAUCACUAUGCUAUAUUCUUCUGGCUUUUAAUACCAGGUUUGUCUCAAGACAAAGCAAUGGAUCGAAUAAUGAAAUUGUUAGUGCUCCAUAUAAAUUCGUCUGGUUAUUAUAUACCUGCAGUAUAAAUUCAGUCUUUUCAACUAUGACUCUUCAUUGGAUGUUUAGUGGGAAUGCUUCAAAUCUUGAACAAACCUUGAAACACAGUCUGCCUGGUUGUUUAAUAUUAAUCGAUAUGUUUUUAACAAGUAUUCCAUUCUAUCUAUGUCAUGCAUUCUAUCCUGUUAUUGUUCAUCUACUCUAUUUGGCGAUAGCAACAUUAGGAUUAUACUUAGCUUAUACAUUUGGUAAUUUAGAUAAGACAAUUGACUCGCCAUCAAAUCCAACUGUAUUAAUCGGUGGACAUGCAUUAUUGUCGAAUGGUUAUCAAGAUUUUACAAAUAUUCCACGUAUAUUUAUUGUAUUAUUCGGUGCUAUCUCAAUUGGUAUCAUGAUACAUUGUGUUUUGUUAACAUUGUGUAUAACACGGGAUUUCUUAGCAAGUCUAUGUCAACAGAAUACUAAUGUAUGGUUAGGCGAAGAAGAGGAUGAUCCCUAUUUAAUUGAUAAUAGUACAAUGGAUUUAAUGAGUAGACAGUCGUCAACAUCACUUGUUGCGAAUAAUAAUAAUAACAAUAAUAAUAAUAAUAAUCACAGUGAUAAUGAAAAACGCAAAUGACUAGUUCACGUAUGAUGAUGAUGCUAGUGAUGAUGGUGAUGCUGAUGAACAGUUGUCAACGACGUAUUCCAGUAGUAGUUUGAUGUAUAACUAUUGUAAAAACUGUCAAUUCAUCUAUCAAUGUGCUUUCAACUGCUUUUAUUCAUCCCUUUUUAAUCUUUCUUGUCGACGAUAUUGAUGCUGAUGAUGGUGAUGAUAUUGAUAUGUGAUCCUUAUGAACUUCUUCAUGAAUUAAAUUGCAUUCCAUGAAUACAUACAUAUACGUGUGUGUAUUUUAUCUCAUUAAAACAAAUAGAGAUGUGUGUCUGUGAAUUAUAUAAUUUUUAACUUCUUUCCAAAGUUGUAUUUGUCAUUUAUUAUAACUUUUAGCUUGUCAUUUUAUUUCAUGUUUUACAUUUUUUUUUGGUCGGUUUUUUUCAGUUUUAUUUCGUCUUUUUUAAAAUUUAUCAUUGAACUUUGAACUAUUCAUUAUUCGCGGAAUUUCUCUAAAUUCAUACAAACAAUAAAUACAGCUGAAAUUGGGAUUUUUUUAAUUUUUUAUCGUAUAUACAUAUAUAUAUAUAUAUGUAUAUGUAAGAUCUCUUUAUAUACUACUGUUAAAAAGUGUCGUCCUUCUUAUAUUUCACUUUGAAAUCAUGAUUUUACUGUACAGUUUUUUUCAAGAUCAAACUAUGUCUGAUAUGUGAUAUAAUAAAGAAAAGAAGAAA